CUCUAUAUGAAGAUACAGAGGAUGGGGGCGGCGAAAUAAAGAUUGUAGCUCCACACUUAUUUCCUUUCACUUCAUUUUUCUUGCACUUGCUCCACACAUUUGUUCUUGUCAGUCACAAGCGAGAUGGAAAACUCUCUGCUGAUGAUUCUUACGGCGCUCCUGCUCCUUGGAGUUCAAGGAAUCUCAGCUCAGUUCUCGAUCAACACCUCAACCCCCUCAACCCCACGACCCACUAUUGCUACAACAUCCACUACCCUACAGGCCACAUGUCCGAAACUCACAGAAUAUAUUAUUAAGUCUGAGCUGUUUCAGCUGAAGUUCAUAAGGAAGGCCGGUCCAUGCGAAGGUCAGCUGUAUGUGAAUUCUCAUGAGCGUCAAGGGUAUUUGUGCUCUAGAAGUGAUAUAUCAAUCAGUUGGUGGUCUGGAGUGUGUAAGGACAGAAGAUGUGGAGACUUCAAAGGCUUUAAGCACACUUCAACCCAAGCUAAAGGUUUAUUGCUCACAAGUAAUAUGACAUUCAUCGAUACUGCUAAGUGCAACGGCCUGUAUAUCAUGUGUGAAGAUCCUCUUGGAACAGAGUUGGCUGCUUAUAAAGCGGUAACUGGCAUAUUAAUUUUCUUGAUCUUGGGUGUCAUUCUGGUUCAGUUCGGUCGGCCCACGUACAAAGCCAUCCGCAAACGAUUUUCAAAAAAGCGUCAGAGUCGCUGGGUCGGUCCGACUCAGAGCGUGUGCUAUAAUAGAGGUCAAGGACCCCCAAACAAAAACACAGACAAGAGACAGUCCUUUCCUGGUUUGGAGAGGCUGACAGUAAACCAGAGCAGAGAGCCCUCAUCCAACAGAAACAGUGACUAUGACUCAUACGGAUACAGCUGAAGGCCUGUGCUCACAAAAGAUUUACUGACCCUAAGCACAACGCUCGUCAUCUACAAUCAGCAGAUUGUUUUACAUUACACAGCUUCUGCUGUAUUGAGCUGUCAAUUGGCAAGUCAAGAAAACUGUAAAUAUCUUUGAAAAGCAUAGCUGAGAAAUCCAUUUAGGAUCAAAUAAAAAGAAUAAUGAUAACUUAGUCUCAAUUUGGUAGAGCAUAGCAGGCUUCCUUUUAUACAUUAUUCAUUUUUUGAUGCUUUGUAAUGACUUGUUUUUACUGUGUUUGUUUUUUUGGUAUUGUUUUUAAAUAGUCAGGAAAAAUGGGAUUUCGCUUAUGUUCUGAAAGAUGAUGGCUUUUUAAAAAAAAUGUAUAUUUAUGCAAGUGAUUGAUUUUUGAGUUGGAGUUUGAAUAAUUUUGAAUAAACUAAAAAGGCAAUCA